GGACUGGCUGAGGUUUUCAGAUGGGAUCAUCAGUUUUGUUUCGGUUGCUUCUUUUUCUCUUCCUCAGUCAACUGUCGUUGUCUUAACACCGUUUCUCCUUUCUCCACCACCCAACUGCCACCCUCUCACUCUCACCCUACUGCACUCCCCCACUCCCCCCCCUCCUUCUCUCGCUUUCUGAUAUACGUACAGUCAAGAGAGGAGAGGGAGGACAAGCAGCCCACUGUAGUUGCCACCACCUUCUUGAUGGCGACCGCAGCUUUCUCACACCUCACAGCCCAGUUCACCGUAUCACCAACCGGGCACCACCGCAGUAGUUACCAAAACCCGACCUCCCUGAAUUAUCCAUUCUUGGCUACCCAUUUCUGUAAAGCCUCUCUCUCCUGCACUUCCUCACCGAUACUUGGCUCCCUCCACUCUCCUCGCCGCCCUUCAUUUAUCACCUUCUCUGGCAGUGGCGGUGGAGGCGAUGGAUCUGAUGGAGGUGGCGGUCGUGGUAGUGGGGGUGGUGGGGGAGGGGAUAGUGACGAUGAUGCAGGGGAGAGAAACAGGGCUGAGGCGAUCAUGGCAUUGGCAGAAGUGGGCAGAUCGUUGGAUAGCAUUCCCAAGGACUUGGCUGCCGCCAUUGAGGCAGGAAGAAUUCCGGGAUCCAUUGUUUAUCGGUUUUUUGAGCUCGAGAAGUCUCCAUUUCUGGGCUGGUUGCUCCAGUUUGGAGGCUUUAAGGAAAGGUUGCUUGCAGAUGAUCUUUUCAUGACUAAAGUUGCUAUUGAGUGUGGUGUUGGGAUUUUUACUAAGACUGCUGCAGAGCUGGAGAAGCGUAGAGAAAACUUCACCAAGGAGCUAGAUUUUGUCUUUGCUGAUGUGGUAAUGGCCAUUGUUGCAGAUUUCAUGCUUGUCUGGUUACCUGCUCCCACUGUUUCUCUUCGACCAGCUGUAGCAAUAACUGCUGGGGGUCUCAAUAAGUUCUUCUAUGGCUGCCCUGAUAAUGCAUUUCAGGUUGCCUUGGCGGGUACAUCCUAUUCUCCCCUACAAAGGGUAGGAGCUAUUGUGAGAAAUGGUGCAAAGCUCUUUGGUGUUGGGUCCAGCGCAUCAUUGAUUGGCACCGGUGUAACGAAUUUGCUAAUCUCUGCACGAAAGGCUAUUGAUAAAUCUUUUGCUGGUGAGGCGGAGGACUUGCCCGUUUUACCUACUAGUGCUGCAUAUGGUGUGUACAUGUCAGUAUCAAGCAACUUAAGGUACCAAAUUCUUGCUGGAGUUAUUGAACAACGGAUUUUAGAGCCUUUGCUACACGAACAGAAGCUCAUACUGAGUGCACUUUGUUUUGCUGUACGAACUGGCAACACCUUUUUGGGGUCACUAAUGUGGGUGGAUUAUGCACGAUGGAUCGGAGUCCAGAGGAGCCGUGCAUAGAACAUAUAUGGCAUAGACGUGGUAAAGGUGGUUUUAGCUACUGACUGCAUUUUUCUCAGAUUUCAUCUCCAUGUUUUCCUUUUCAUUUUAUGUUUGAGGUAAAAUGUUUGUUAAGGCUACAAUCAAGCAAUCAAAGAUUUGUAUUCUUCUGCUUAAUAAGUUCUUUCUGCUUGAGGAGUUGACAUUGCUCCUUUCUUUCUGUUGCGUAAAAUAAGAUGUAAUCAGAAUUGUUUGUUCUUGUCUA